AUGGAGAGAAUUGGGAACCUAGCCUGCCCAAGCUCUAAACCACAUUUUGUUCAUCCCAUCCAUGCUGAUUCUUCAUCAGCAGAUCAGCUGGCAAUACCAGUAGCAUUUGAAAGAGAAUACUUAGUUGACAGAGAAGAUAGUGAAGGGGUAGCAACUUUGAAGAGUCCACUGAAGAAAUCAUGGAAAGUGAAGCUAAAUGACUUCAAGUUUACAGAUGGUUGGGAAGACUUUUACAAGGCUCAUGAACUAAGUACUGGGUAUUACCUUGCGUUUCAAUAUCAAGGUCAUGAUUUGAUUUUUCGAGUUUGGGUUUUCACCUUGAGUUACUGUGAAGUUGAGUAUUCAACAGAAUCAUUGAUGAUGUCUGAGGGUGAAGAUGAAAAUGAAAUGGAUAGAGCUGAAAGUGUAGGUACUAGUAAAGGCAAUUGCGAAUGCGAAGGAAAUGGUGAAAUCAAAAGCAACGGCAAAGGCAGGAAGGAACCAACAUCUUCUGACCAGGUUGAAGUAGAUAGUGAAGAAAGUAAUGUUGAUGAUUAUGAUGAACUUGAAGAAGCGAUUCCUACUAAGUUUGCAAAAUCAAACAUUCUUGAUGAUGUAGAAACUGUGUUUCUUAUAGAUGAAGAACGAAAAGAAUGGCCUAUUAAACUAACUCGUCGCAGUGAUGGCUAUGGAGUUCAUUUUGGAUCUGGUUGGAAGGAUUUUCAGUCAGAAAAGAGGUUAAAAAAAGGAGAUAUUUGUCUAUUUGAACAAAAGAGUGAAGAUAAGUUGGAAUUCACAGUUAGUAUUAUUAAAGAGAUAUAA